AUGUGCAUGAGUCUACGAAAUGGGAACGAGUCAUACAUCUCAUGUACUGGGCUAAAGCUUUUCAUUCCAGACUUGCAUUACUACCUAGCCCAACAGAUCCAUCCAGUUGUGUCACGGUUGUGUACACCAAUCGAGGAAACUGAUGCCGUACGACUCGCAGAAGCACUGGAGUGUAGAAUAUCCCGUGAAUGCUGUGGUCCUGCAUUUCCCAUAGUAACGAUUAGAGGGUUUUUUGUUUUAGGCAUGGAUGCGUCGUCUUAUCGUCGCUCAGCAGCUGCGCGUGCAUCAGAUAAUGCUGCUGUUGAAGACGAGUGGGCAUGGAAUGGACCGGUCACAUAUGAUCACUGUGAAUCGCUCUCGUUUGUAUGCCCAGGCCAAGGAUGCGGAAAUGUGCUCAAUAUUAGGAAAGCUAUCGAAAAUGAAGAGUCAGGGUUACGCCUCUCGCUGGAUACAUGUGAAAAGUGCAAUGUGGAAUUGUCGCAGUAUUCUGCCUACAUAUGUAAUAGACUCAGUCUUACGUUAAGAGACUAUGUUAUGAAACAUCUGAUGGCUCCAUUCAAGUGUGAUGACCCAGUAUGUGAGUUCAGUACAAGGACCCAUUUACUGAGAUGGAGCCGUGAAGGGCUUGAAUGUCCGAAAUGCUCAGGAGGAGUGUUGCGGAAAGAGUACUCAGCAAAAGAUCUAUUCGACCAGCAGAUGUUUUUGAAGCAGGUGGUUGAUGUGCAUACAGCAUUAGAGGAAUUGAAACCAGAACAGAGAAGAAUUCUCCAAUCUAAGCCCAAUUUCCCUGCCGUGAUGUCGCUUUACAAUGAACUAUCUGCACUAAUCACUCGAUACUUGGAUAAGAACGCAUACAGCAAAGUCGAUCUCGCCUUUAUAUUUGCUCCAAUGCUUAAAAUAGAAUGA